AUUUAGAUGUCUAGAAUAACAUAAGAAUUAUUAAGAAAAAGAGCAGAGCAUAAUGAAAUGAUGUUAACAAAUUUAGAAGAAAUUUCAAUUCAUUAAGAGGAGAUAGUGAAGAUUGAGAAUUUGGAUGUAUAUUGUCGACAUUUGAAAAUAUUAUUGUUAUAAAACAAUAUAAUUGAGAAGAUGGAAAAUUUAAAUAAACUUCGAGAAUUGGAAUACUUAAAUUUAGCAUUAAAUAAUAUUAGAGUGAUAGAGGGAAUAGAAAAUUGUGAAUCAUUAAUGAAGUUAGAUAUGACAGUGAAUUUUGUAGAUUUAUAGAAUAUAGAGAAAUCAGUAUAAUGUCUUUAGAAAUGUAGAUUGAAAGAAUUAUAUUUAACAGGGAAUCCAUGUACGGAGUAAAUAAAUUAAAAUAUAAAUUAUUAGUUGGAAAGGAUAUAGGGAUUAUAUAAUAAGUUAAGUAGAUUCUCUACAUUCAUUGGAUGGUAAAGAAAUAACGCAUACAGAAAGAAUUAAGGCAAAAUAGAUAUUAGGUUAAUUAUAAAAAGAAUUAAUAUAUGCAAUAGAGGAAGAAAAGAUUAAAGAGGAGUAGAGAAUACAUGAAGAGAAGAUAAGAAAAGAAUUUAAUCCAAAUAGUGAAGAUAAAGUAGCAUAUACUCCUGAGACAAGGAAGGAGAUGUAUUUAAAAUAAGCAAAAGAGAAGUAAUUAAAUAAUUAAUAUAAAUAAUAGAGAGGAAAAAGAGAGAUAAAGAAAUCCUGAAAAGUUUAAGGAAAAAUAAGAAACAACAAUAUUUAUGAAUGAUGGAAAAAUUAGAUAAUGUGAUGAGGGUGGUUAUAAGCCUUAUUUAAAUAAUUGGGAAGAUCCAGAGAAUGUGAUAUUUAAGAUGAAUAUUCCUAAAUAUUUAGAUACAUCAUUAAUUUAAGUAAAUGUGAAUCCAACUUAUGUAUCUGUAAGAGUUAAAGGGAAAUUAACAUAAAUUCGAUUAGAUGAAGAAGUAUUUGCAGAAAAAUCUAAGAUUUAAAGAUCAGAAAUAACAGGAGAAUUACUUAUUACGAUGCCUAAAGUUAAUCCUAAUGAAAUAUUAAAAUAAAUAGCAGAAAGAAAGAAAAAAGAGGAAUAAUAAAAAUAAUAAGAAUAAAUUAAAUAAUAAGAAUUGAAAUAGAAAUAGGAAAGAUAGAAUUUAGAUUUAUUAAUAUUAAAAGCAUAAGCAAAAUUAACUUAAUAAAUUGAUGAUGAUAUACCUGAAUUAGAAUGA